AUGAAAACCUUCAAUGCUCUAAGAUCAAGCAAGAUGAAAAGGUAUCAGAUCUACCCGGUUCAGUUGUACCAACAAGGGCGCAUGUUGAGAAAGGGAAAUUUCCAUCGCUUAGCAGUUUCAAGAGGAAGAUUUCAUCAGUUGACCAAGAUGUGGUUGAGAAACCAAAAGAGCCUAGCGGUAAGCAGGUGAAGCUUACCAGCAUAUUCACGCGGGAAAAAACAAGCUUCUCGGCUGGAAAUAGACUACGAGUAGUCCCCCAGGAGGAAAAAUGGGGGAUUACUUGUAGUCUAGGCUGGAAAGCAAAGAGUCUGUGGAAACAGAUGGUGGGUAUGUUUAUGCUGUUGCUAAGACUCAAAGAUCUGAAAAUAUUGGUGAUACCAGUGAACUGUUAGCAAAAAAAAACUGACAUUGAAGUUAUUGAAGUUAAGGAUGAUAUCAUUUCCGUAAGUGAAUCUAAUGAUAACGAACUUAGUUCUCAGAAAGACGUCCAGCAAGAAAUAGAUUCAGAGCGUAGGCCAGGCUAAAGAUAAUUAAUUCAAGUAACGCAUCUUGCAAAACAAUACUGGUUCUUCCUAAACUUGGCAACACCGAAAAACAAACUCAGGUAUCGGAGAUGGCUAGAAACAGAAAGGAAACACCCAUGAGCUUCAGUAUGAAUAAAGUUAAAAGCAUUGUUACGGCACAAACGAGAGAGAAAAUAGGUGAAGUAGAAGCUCUUUUGUUUAGAGCGAAGAUAGCACCAGAGAGCAAUUCCAGUGCUGAGAAAGAACUAACGAAAAAUAUCAUUAAAGAUAGGUUCAAGGGUAUGGAAGUUUUGGGUCAAUUUAAUCUGGGUUUUAUCAUCGCAAAACUGGACAAUGAUUUGUUCAUAAUCGACCAGCAUGCUUCAGAUGAGAAAUUUAACUUAGAGGAUCAACAGAGGAACACAACAAUUAUGUCCCAACGUCUUAUUGUUCCCCAGAAGCUUGAACUAACCACUGCCAAUGAAGCUAUCGUUAUGGACAACGUGGAAAUAUUUCAAAAGAACGGAUUUGAUUUUGAGAUUGAUUGCAAUGUCCUUACUGAACAGCUCUCGCAUUCUGUUUUCCGGAGAUAUUGAUGGCUUGUCUUUUUAGUAGGGACCUUAAGCAACGACGACGACUACGGCAGUGAAAACGUCGCUACAAAAACGAAUCUGCGUUCUUUCAAACUUAAUCGCGUUUAUUUGAACCUGGUCAAUAUGUCGAAUGCGGGCUACUUUUCCUGGAAUUGAAUUCUUAAGGAUUUUAUUCAAGUUAAAAAAGAGGAAGGAAAGUUCGUCGUCGUAUGUCCACGUCCUCCAUAAAACGUCAAAUUAGGAGGUUUCACGUCGUAGUCGUGCAGUGACGUCGAAGAAAUGUACUAAAAAGCGUGAUGCACGUGCAUGGCUGUUGUUUUGAUCAUUAAAUCUAUUGUUUUUUGAAAUUGUCGUCGUUGUCGUCGUAGUUGCUUAAGCUCCCUAAUAAUUUAGGUUACAAGAUGACGUGUCUGGUCCCUUGCCUAUUGGGCAAGUAAGCUUAAGACGUUACUUGCCUAGCAAGAAAAGCUACUUCUCCUGAUCCGCAACCGGAUAGGACUUUUCAUUUCGAGCCCUGAAAACACUGACCUCGUGUCUUGGAAGGGUGAAUCCUUUUCCUAGUACCUUCUGGAACAGCAAACAUGCUGUGGGUGUGUAAGUCGCAAAAUGUAUACAUAAUAAACAUACUUCGCAUCCCCUGCACUGUAGACUGAACGUUACUAGGUCUGUAAAAGAAAGAUUCUUCUUGUUCAGUCCCCCAAGCUCAUUUCUAAAGCCGGAAAGCUUACUGGCACUGCUCUUUCAUCGAAUUUACUAAGAACGAAUAGUCAUACUGCCAGAGUUGGUGAAUUUUGUCCUUUUUUGUGGUAAGAAAAGUCCUUGAUGUUGAUAUAGUUAAAAAGCUUUGCCCAUGGUCUUGACACAGUAUACACGGAAACUUGGAAAAUUAUUGUUUCAUAUCCUGCCAGACUCGUUUCGUUGAUUGCUUCAUUUUUUUUCUUAAAAACGCAAGAGAAUUUUUCUACUUUCCUUUUUCUUCUUAGCAACUGAACAGAUAUGAUCAGUUGUGUAUCAAACUUAAUCCAGUCAGGAGACAUUCUGAGUAA